AUGGAUAGACAGAACUUAUCAUCUAUUAGGUCAAUGAGUAAAGAUAAUUUAUUAAAGUUACAUUUUUCCUCUUUAAAUUCACAUACAAAGUCUAAUAGUAAUAAUAAUAAUAGUAAUUUAUCUAAUUCAUCAAAUAGAAAUAGUAGUAGAAAUAAUAAAAGUAAUAAUAUGUUAGAAAUUCAUAAUAAUGGAACAAAUAGUAUUGGAAGAGCAGGUCUAAACAGUGAAGAUCAGAAAAUAAUUCAAGAUCUAAACUCAUUGGAGUUGGAAGAGAUUUCCUCUAAAUUCUCAUCUACCUAUGGACCACCAGCGUCAUUAUCAAGAACAUCAUCAAAAGAUAGAAACUCUGAUACAGAAAGCAGCUCUGAUGAUGACCUAUCAAUUCCAUUACCAACUUCUACAUUGAAAAAUAGCACACAAUCCAUUUUAAAGAGUCCACUUGAUAAUCCGAUUUUAAAGUUUCAAAGCGAUAGUGAAGAAGAAUCAGAGUUGGUAGUUAGCACAUCUAAAUCACCUAAACUACUCUACCCAAAUAAUAUCAAUAAUAAUAAUAUUAAUAGUACUGAUCAAAGCAAUAUAGAGAAUAUCAAACCAACCAAUGAUAGCAAUAAUAAUAAUCAAUUGAACCAAAGAGAAAAGAAAGAUGAUUUGCCAACCUCUUCGGUCAAUAUUGUCGAGAUAAAUGGAGUUAGAAUCGAUAGAACCUCACCUGUUACGUUUAAUGUAGGAGGAACACUCUUUGCAACUAGUUUAAAUACCAUUCUAAGAGCCAAAGACUCAUUGUUAUACAAGAUAGUAGAGAUGCAAAUCCAUCAGAUACAAAAGGAUCAAAUUAUAUUCAUAGAUAGAAAUCCAAUUUAUUUCAGUUGUAUACUCGAUUACCUGAGAACCUUGAAAUACUUUUCACCAAGCGGACAAGUCAAUACCGCUGCACUACUGGAGGAAGCGACUUUCUUUAAAGUAAAAGGUUUAGAACUUGCAAUCAAAGAUGAACCAGAGCUUACAAGAACUGAUAUAGUAAAGAUAUUAAAUUCAUGUUAUGAUUUCCCAAGAUUACAAGGACUGUGGUUGAAUAAAGCGAAUCUUACAGGUUUGGAUUUGAGUUGUGCACUUUUGAACUAUUCUAAUCUAAGUUAUUGUAUUAUAAGUAAUACAACAAUGAAUCAAGCAUCUUUUGCCAACUGUAGAAUGGAUGGCGCCAUCAUCAAUACAAACAUUGGAUCAAACUGUGUUUUUAAUCGUGCAUCAAUCAUUAAUGCAAAUUUUCAGGAUAAUACAUUGCAUGAAUCACAAGGUUAUUUCGUUAACUUCACAGGAUCAAAUUUAACAGGUACAAACUUUGCAUGUUCAGAUCUGAAAGGUUCGAAAUUCGUUGGUGCAAUCUUAUAUGGAUGUGAUUUGUCUCACUGUGAUCUGACGGAGUGUGAUUUCACUAAUGCUAAGUUUGAUGAGACGACAAACAUCAGCUGCGCUAUUUUGACCAACGCUAUCUUUGAAGGCUGCAAUAAAGAAAAGGCAUUCUGUAAAAAGAGUUUCAAGAAACCAAAGAGUAUAAGAGUAAAAUCAAAGAUAUCAACAUUGCCUGGAAUGAUGUUGUAA